UCCUGUGUGAUGUGUUGGAACAUCAUUUUCACUUCCCUCCCCACUAGAAAUAAAAGAAUCUCCCUCAGUCUCUGUUUCUCACAAAAAUUAAAAUGGACACUUUCAUUUCCCUCCUUGUUCUUUCGACAGUACCACAGCUUGUAGUAACAGAGGUUCCCCGUGUGACCUCGUUCAGAGCUGUAUUGGAAAUGGUGUCAGGGGAUUCAAGGAUCUUCUCUGGAGAGAGUGUCAAGCUGACAUGCAACAUUACUGAUCCCUACAAGUCCACCUGGACCUACCUGUGGUUCAGGGACUCUACGAAGCUCCCACAGUCUGAGAAGGACCUCAUUCUGUGGAAAGCCAAGGUUCAAGAUAGUGGGAAAUUUUACUGCCAAGGAGUGAGGGACACAUUAGUGGGAAACAUACACACUCUCCAAAGUCUGCCUUUGGAGAUUUACGUGGAUGGAGGGUGGGCUAUCCUGCAAGUCCCACCUCAUCCCAGCCUCGUCGGAGAAACCUUAAAGGUCACGUGUCGCGUCCGAGGCACACCCCGACUUCAUGAGGUGAUUCUGUACAAAGAUGGCGUUGAAGUCAUGAGACAGAAUGGCCUCCAACCACAUUUCUACCUGAAUAACUUGACCCUCGAGGACCAAGGAAUUUAUUCUUGUAGGGCAUCGUGGGAUGAAGGCAGACGUACACGCUCUGUAAUUUCAGCUGACGCUUUGGUGCAGGUCUUAGAGGUUCUGUCGCAGCCAGUUCUGGAGAUCUCUGCAGACAAUAACCUGAUUCCAGAAACGAAGAUGAAGCUCAUAUGCCACCUCCAAUACAACGCCCGUGCUCCUGCCCCUGCAAUAAACUUCUAUUUCUACAAGAAUAACAACCGACUGGGAACAGCAACCUCUGAGAACCAUGAUCUGGUCAAACGGACUCCAGGCCAGUACAGCUGCAAGGCCAAGGUGCCUGAGUUGGGCAUCUCCAGGUGGAGUGAACCCAAAAGCUUCGGACAAGUCACAGGACCACAGAUACUGAAGCGUCACACUUAUCAUACCAGGGACCCAGUGCUCUCCCAGCCUCCUGCAGCUGAGCCAACAGCAGCCCGGCCCUCUCCUCACCGAUCCACUGCAGCUCCCACUUUUAUUCAGCCUGCUGAAGUGAGCACCCACUCUACAGCUCUUCCACUGAAGCCUUCACAGCCAGCAUCAAGCACUCUGCUAUCUACAGUCCAAUCUCUCACACAAACUGCUACCCCUACCACCUUCAAUAUGUCUGAGGAAUCUAGUGAUAUGUCUGGAGGAUCUGGUGAUAUGUCUGGAGGAUCUGCAGACGCUGUCUUAUAGUGACAAGUUAUCGGACAUUACAGAAAAUACACGAUCCUAAAUCAGAGUAAUAACAUGCAACUGCCACAUCUUUAGCUAUCUGAUAUCAAUCAUAUGUACACUGUGCUGCCAGUGCACACUUUUUAUAUGGUUAAUUGUGUACUAUUAAUUCUACAUGUAACCAAGUGUCAACUUUAUGAUCUCAUCUGUACAAAACUAACUGGAUCCGUAGUGCUGGGAAUAAUAACUAAUGUCAUAUUGUGCAAGCAAAUAAAGCAUGAAUCAUACAGUA